GCCGUGGGGCGAGGUGAGUCAGGUGAUACGCGAACUGGAGUGGAGACGUUACCUGGAUUAGCGAUGGGCAAUCGACGGAUCAACUUAAAGAGUCUCUCCGCCCUGCUGCUGCUGCUCGGCGGAGCGGCGACGCUGGCCACGCUGCUGCUGUCCAGCCUGGAGCCCGCGUGCCGCCACCACGGCCCCCCCGCGGCCCCCCCGUGGCCCCUGGCCUUCCUCGCCGCUCUCCGCCUCGGCGACGCGUGCGGCCGCUCCCAGCCCCGGCCGCUGCCGAGCUACAUCGGCGUGCCUCGAGGCGAGCCGCUGCGCCUGCGCUGCGGGGACUGCGCCCUCGUGUCGAGCUCGGGACAGAUGCUGGGCACCGGCGCGGGGCGCGACAUCGACGGCGCCGAGUGCGUGUGGCGCAUGAACAACGCGGUGCUCGCCCCGCGCUACCGCGCCGACGUGGGCGCCCGCGCGAGCGUGCGCGUGGUGUCCCACACGAGCGUGCCGCUGCUGGCGCGCGCCGCCGCCGCCUUCUUCGGCAACGGCAGCGACAACACGCAGGGCAACGCCACGUACGUGAUCUGGGGCCCCCUCAAGAACAUGCAGCGCGACCCGCCGGGCCCCGUCUACCGCAAGAUCCUGGAUCUGAAGUCGCGCUUCCCCUGGGCGCGAAUCUUCACGCUCACCGACGAGCAGAUGCAGCGGUGCGACGAGAUGUUCAAGAACGAGACGGGCAAGGACCGACUGAAGUCGGGCGCGUACCUCAGCACGGGCUGGUUCACCAUGGUACUCGCCAUGGAGGUGUGCGACAGCAUCCACGUGUACGGCAUGAUCGACGACGCCUACUGCAGCCGGCCCGAUCACCGCACGGUGCCCUACCACUACUACCAGCCCAACGGCAGCACGGAGUGCGAGGAGUACUCGAGGCAGGAGCACGCGAGGGGCGGCACGCACCGCUUCGUCACGGAGAAGGCCGUGUUCGGGCGCUGGGCGGCGCAGAGAAACGUCCGCUUCUCGCACCCCGAGUGGCCAGCCGACGGCCGCGUUUAGAACUCCUUCUCGUUCCUCCUCCUCCUCCUCGUUCCUACUCCUCCUCGUUCUCAUCCUGGCCAGAUCUGGACCUCUUCUUAAUCGGAUCAGCAAACUCAACUUCCUCCUCCGGAAGAGGCGCUUACGGCCAUCUCAGGACU